UUAUUCGCUGAGUCUAUCAUCUCUAUGGAAAAAUAAACAAAUUCCCUGAAGUUUUUUGCUUGCUGCUUUAAGGAUUAUAAAUAAAUUUAAAAAAAUCAUGGAUUAUAAUGGUGGUUGCAGUAAAAAUAUGUAUGCAGACGAUACUAUAAUACCUGACGACAUAAUAAUGGCAAUUAAAGCAGAACCAGAAGUUCUUAUUGAACAUGGAGAAUCAGAUAUAGCAACUUGCGAGAAAAAACUCGAUGCACUUAGAGGUGUUAUGGAAUACAGGCUAGACCAAAUUCAAGCACAAAUGAAUGUACUAUUAGAGGCUCAGGAGGAACAAAAUGCCCUAUUGCGUAAUUUCAUUUCAAGUCACCAGGAUCUGCGUUGCAAGUUUCCAUUAAAAACUUCCAAAAAACUUAAAGAGCUUAAUUCAGAAAUAACUCCGGAAAACAGAACCACAUAUAUUAACACACUCAAAACACUACUCAAACCUCAAGGAGUUAUAAAAAAUCUAAAAUAUAUAUUAUCUACAGAUAUAACAAAUGAAUAUAAUGUGGAAGGGGUACAUGGCAAGCAGUGCCUUAAAGAUUUAAAUAACUUUUACGAUGUUCUCAUUGAUUCCAUAGAAGUAACAUCAACCUCAGGAACUGCAGACCAACAACUACGUAAGGCCAUAAGUCUGGCCAAAAAACGAUAUUUCAAAAACAAGAGUAUUGCAAGACCCCGCGUUUCAGCUAGUGAAAAUUAACGUUUUUAGUUUUAACUCUUAAUAUUAUAUGCAAAGAAAAUAAAAUAAUUUAUAAAAUAUAUGUAUCUAAAA